ACCUGUCUGGUCUUGUUUUCUUUUUCCUAUUGGAGUCGACAUUUCACUUUCUCUUGAGGUUUCUUCGUUGCUAUACCUACUCUGUACAGUGUAUAGCGUAUUAUUUGCCUCGGUCUUCGUCUACUUUGCCCUCCCCUCGCCCCAUCGACACGGUCACGCGGGGAAGAUCCACCGCGAUCGAUAACUGGCCUUCUUAUCUCGCUAUCUUGUCCUCCCCAACAACGCCCACCUCAACUCCGAGUACCACCGCCCCUUCGGCUUCCCCAGUCAACUCAUGGCUUUUCGUCUACCUCCCCAAGUUCCCCGUCGUCGCCCCUCUUAUUCGAACUCUCUACCACCUCCAGCCCCCGAUCUCUCUUCCCCGCUAUCACAACUACCAGAGAACGAAGCGACAGAAUGGGUGCUCUUUUCGCCCACCCAACAACCCUCCACCGUUGCCCGCACCCAUACGACCUCGACUGAUCGUACCCCACGGACACAAGGUGUCUCCCGUCUCAGCGAUUUCGGUUCAUUUGGCACCGCGACUCGAUCCGGUAUUGGCUUAGAAAGUGAGACUGUCGAUGACGCUCUUGAUGAUCCUUUGGACGACGAUGGAACAGAACUAGACAGCCUGGAUGAUGGGCUACACGCCUUCCGGGCUCCGUCUUUGGUCCAGGAGGACCAAGGGGCUCCAGCUGUUCUUCCAGCCCACGAUGGGCUGGGCAGUUUCCAAGCAUCUAGCCAGACCGUGCAAAACCAGUUGUGGCAGCAUGAACAGUACAAUCCCCAUCGGAGGCCUGGGCUCCAGCCCCGGCGUCGCUCAAGUGUACAGCAUCAGUUGGAUUUGGUCACAAACGAGGAAGAGGCCGAUGUGGAGAGGGAACGGUGGCAGCGCAUUGAGAAAUGGAGAAUGGAACAAAGUCGGGUUCUCUUGCAGGAGAUCGAGAAAGCGACGCGCAGACGACGUGAUAGUCGCGCCAGUGGCGUGAUAGAUCCAGUUGCGUCAUACCCCGCGGUGUCAGAUGUUCCAGAUGGUGUCCUCGAGACCCCCAAGGAGCCGGAGACUUAUCCACUGACAAAACAAGAAGCGGAUGGGGAUGAGUCCUUGUGGCAGCGCAUUACCCGUAAGGUUAUUCGAGAUCUCAUCGGAAUCGAUGACUCUUUGCUGUCCGUUCUCUUUGGAGAAUCAUUACCAUGCACUGACGAUGAUGAACAACAACCGUCAGCGAGGGAUUUUGUCCCCAGCGUAGAGGCACUUAAUCAAGAGCUGGACUCCGUGUCAGAAGAUCAACCUAUCUGGCAGACCCGAGUGCUCCAACGCAUCGCCCACGAGCUGGGAAUCCUUGUCAGUCAGCUCUGCGAGCACCCUGGUGCUUUCACAACAUAUCUGAACAUGCCCAACGACAUUCCGAAUCAAUAUGCUGGCAUACCUCUCGACCGCGUACCGGAAGAGGGUGAUGCACCUUCAGCUUCGGUGGGCCCCACCGCUCUAGAGUCGAGUAUGAAUACCGAGUCGGUUCUCUCUCCACAUUUCUCUCCAACUCUUGGCGACCCCAGCAGUCGAGAGCACGCGGCCCAAUGGGGUAUCGAGGAUGACGACUAUAUGAGUCGUCCAGCCAACACUUCAGCGGCUGAACCGCUCGCCGAAUCCGCUCGCACCCAGCAGGAGAAGGAGUAUUGGGAACGGGACCUUGAUGUUAGCAUGGUCUUCCGUUACUUGCGGAAUCGCUUCAGUCACCGAGGCAGCAAUAACGAUUCUCAUCACAGCUCCCCGCGCAGAACUCCACAAGAUGCAUCUCGUCGCGCGGCAAUCAUCCGCCAGCACCACCCACUCGUUGCUCGAGCGCAUUCGCGCUCUCAAGCUCAGAUUCGCCGUCAAUCGCAGUAUUCCUCUCACCAUUCGGGGCCCACCGGUGUUUCGUCGCCCAUUCUGCGUCAAAAUUUCCGUCGCUCCAGCUCCAGCUGUGCCAGCCAAAGCGCGAAGAUGUCUGCCAUAUCCAGCCGUCGCACACUCACGGGCUCCAGUCGCAACUACUGGGACAUUGGGGGUAGUGUUGACAGUGGGAGCGCAGUCGCACCCGUUGCAGCUGGCCUGGGGGGCUGGGGCGAGGUCUGAGAGCAGCCAGUUCUAUUGAAUAUCGUUAAUGAUCCUCUCCACCACGAUACAUAUUGCAUGCGGGUGAUUUCCAUUGUGCAUAGUCAAUCUGCCAUUUUGACAAGGAGUCCUGGUGUUUCUGGCUUGCGAACAUUUCGCAUCAUAUAUUGAAGAAUACUGAGCUAUCUAUUCCUUUUUGGUUAUAUUCGGCUGU